CCAUUUAUCGAGAUACGAUCAGUCCUCGAAAACGGACGAUCCCUUACGUUCAACGAACGAAGCGAUUGAGCAUCGUACGAGCAGGGCAAGCGGCGGAGGGGGAAGGUGGGAGACAGGAGAUACGAACGUCUUUCGCGAACACGAUCCCAAGCAAUUAGAAUUACGUUUCUAUCGGAUCUGUUACGACAACGCUCGACCACGCGUCGGUCCCGACCACGGUAUCUCCGUUGUCCGGGAACGGCGGAAUUUCGGAUAUAGCGCGAACGCGUACGAUUACAGGAAUCUAUCGAACGUGGAAGAAGGAAGGAAAGGAGCUCGGAAAUGCCGAACGAGACGGUAAUUACGGAAAAAGAGAGAAAAAUAUGGAGCGGAAAUAGGCGAACGGUGACGAGGAAAGGUAAUUGUUGCUUUCUCUGAAAAUGAAGGAGCAUCUCGGUGGAAAUUGUUCGAAGGCCGAGAGAUCGAGUUAAAGUUCCGAGUGAGAGUGAGAGAAAGAGAGAGAGAGAGAGAGAGAGAGAGAGAGAGAGAGAGAGAGAGAAAGAAGGACGGGGGAAAGAAGAGAAAUAGAAGUCGGAGACGGUAACGAUAGACGUUGGUAGUAGAAACGAUAGAAGCGACGCACUGCGUGGGACAGAAGGCAACCGGCAACGUGUGUACCGUUGUUUUUAGUCGAGAGACGGAAAAAUACGGGAUAAAGGGGUGAAGAGGUGGAAAAUCGGCGGUAGGGGAUCGUGAAAACUGCGUAACGGGGAGGGAGGAAGCUGGAGGAGCCGAAAAGCGAGUUAGGGGAAUAGCGAGAGUAGAGGAAGGGGUACGAAAGAGAGAGACGGACAAACGCGAAGCUGAUGGCAAGGCAAGGCAAGGCAAGGGCACCGUGUUGGGUGGCCGAGGUAGGGGAACAGAGCGAAGGGUAGAAUCGAGGCGUAGGGAAACAGGCAUCAGGGUGGAAAUGGUUGGAGCUCUCCUGGACGAGAGCGAUAAAAAGAAAGAUGGCGGAUCACGGGACACUUUUCUAUUCCGUAAACAGUAUGCAGAACGCACGGCGUGCAGAUCAACCGAUGCCGAUCUGGUUCGGUAAACGGUGAUGGUGUUUAAGCGAUCGAUGUUUAUUCGCAGGGUACCGUUAUCGAUGGUUUUUCGACGACGUACCAUCCCGUGGUUAAUUUUCUUUCGCGAGUAAUAGCCGUGGACGUGGACAGCGAGCGAGAGGCAACGUAGCUGAUAUUCCCAGAGGAAUAUAUAGGAAAGGAGGAUAGGGGUGAAAGGAGCCGAGAUAGAGGCGCGCGCAAGAGAUCCACCCGAGAUUACAACUGGUAGGAAUACGUGUAUAGAGGGGAGAGAGACGGAGACCGAAAUAGACGGGGGUGGGUCGGUUGGAAAGGGAGGCUAACAGGGGAAAGAAGGAGAAGGAGCGAGUUAAAUAGGGAGCGGGUGGUGCAAGGUAGGGCGGUGAAAAGAGGAAAAUCGCGUGCGAACGAAAGCACGAAGGGGAUGGAAAAAGUAUGGGGUAGAAGGAGGGGAUGACCGGUAGCGGAUAGAGAGAGGGGAUAAACGGAAGGAGAAAUUUCGACGUAUGUGUGCGUGUGCGCGUGCGAAUUGGAAAGACAGAGCAGCGAGAGAGCGAAGGUGCACCGAAGUUUCCGUCGUCUCUCGAAGAGGGACUCUCCGCACGUUCGUCAUACGACCCGCGCGCAGUUGCUGGUGCGCGGCUACGGGGUCGGUGUUUCCGCGUCACGCGCACGACCCCAAAAAGUGUGUAUGUGCGUGCGUACCUGCGUGCGUGGUUCGAGCGCCGUCCGCGUUGCAGGAUUUCUCAUUUACGCGACGAUAAACGCGGGAUCCUGCCUGUGGAACGUUCGCGUACGAGGGUGAACAGAGGAAAUCGCAGGUGACGAAGGAGAAGAAAGAAGAAGGGAGGGGGAGGAGAGGUAGAGAAACGGAAGGAAGGAAAGAAAGAAAGAAGAAAGAAGGUUGGACGAGUCACGAUCGUUAUCGGUCGCGCCACCAUCCUGUCGAUAAAGGUUGCUCGCCCGAAACCGCGAAAAGUGGAUUCGUCGGUUUCGCUGGAACACGGUAUACUUGGCCCCGUUUCGCCUCUUUCCACGCCAGUACCCACGGCCUCCAACGUUUCCUAGUUCUGAGAAACGAAAAGGAAAACGAAAGAAACGCGCGAGAGGAAGAAAAAAAGGAGAGGUUCGUCGGUCGCGCUGGUCGUGGCAUAAAACUUCCUUCGAACCUGUAUACGAUGCGUCGAUAAGAGAAGUUGAGCGAAGGAGUCGCGCGCGUAUCGAUAACCCGUCUGUAAAUCUGUGCCGAAUCGUGUGCCGAAUAGAAGCAGGCGCGUGCCAGUCUUCCUUCGCCGGAUUCGACCAAACGUGUCGACGUGACACGACGCGAUUUUAAAGGUGCGCCACGGUCGAGACGGAGUACGGUGCCACGAGGAGCUUGGCGACAAGCUCGCUGAAAUUUUAGCCGAAACGAGUCGUCGUCUGUGUUCGAGCUACGAUCCGAUGUUCGUACAGCGAGCAAGAGAAGCGUUUCGAAAGCCCGUGUGAACCGAUCGGACGCGCGAUCCGUCCGUUUUGUGCCUCGUCCAAGUGUCUCGCGUAUCGAAACGGCUCGAGUGGAAUCGUCGAGUUUGUAAGAAAGUGGUUGCCCGAGGACGCGCGGCGAAACGACGAAACGAUCGAACGAAGCGAACGUUCGUGCUAGGAAGUCGACGAGGAAUACGCACGGAAAGGAAAGAAGAAAGGAAUCGGUGAAUUCCUUGGAAGAAGGAAAUAUUCCACGAUCUUAUCGUCGUCUAUCGUUUGGAAUUUCCAUCGUCACGGUGUAGAGGGCCGUGCGCGCGCCCCUCCGCGCGCGCGCGCGCGAGCUCUCACGCGCGGAUCCUGGUGCGCGCUACCAUAUUUGUCAAGGGUAGUCCCCUAACCUCACUUUGCCACCGAGGAAGCAAUCCUGUCUGUAUUGUAUACGAACGAGAAGCGAAGGAAGGGAGAAGAAGGUGUCUGUCCGGACCCGCGUUGGAAAAAGUUACAAAGGAUAAGAGGAAGCAGAUAAGAACUCGUACGGUGGUGUUGUCGGGUAAGAAACCAGGUAUACGUUGACUGUAUCGGGAGAGCGAGCGAGCAAGGAAGAGCAAGACAGCCUGAUAGGGUUGAGGAGAGACGGAGAGAGAGAGAGAGAGAGAGAGAGAGAGAGAGAAAGAGAGAGAGAGAGAGAGGGAGAGAAAAGCACAACGAGGUCAAGGAGGAAAGGUUAGGUAAGAGUACUCGCGCGGAAGGUGGAUACUCGGCAGGCUACUGGCGAACCUGCUUGGGGUGUGUCCAUGAAGCCGACGCAAUGGCAACGAACAAAGAAAACGACGUCGGUGCCGUGUAGGCUGUCAACGUGGUGGCCGUUGAAGUUGUCGUUAACGCGGUGGGACGCGUUGCCGUGUAAUCGGCAAGCGUGAUCAUCCGCGAUAACCGAAGGGGGGCAGACAGAAAAGGGAGAAUAGCCGGGCGUUUAGGAUGCAGCAUGAACCUCGGUGCCCCGUAUCGGGAGCUGGUGAGCCUCGGAAGGGGGACUACGGUGUCCAGGUGCUUUCGCCGGUCGAGAGAUCGCAGGUCUCCGUCGUCCUCGAAACGGGCAGUAUCGCCGGCGUCGUCGUCGCCACUGCCGUCGUCACUGCCGUCGCCACUGCCGUCGUCGUCGCCGUCGCCGUCGUCGUCACCGUCGCCGUUGUCGGCGCAACAACAGCAGCAACAACUACUACCACAACAACAACAACAACAACAAGAACAACAACGACGACGACGGUUGUCAUCGCGUUUACGAUCGUCACUGUCUCGCUGGUCAAUCUGGUCGAGAGCUGCCGUUACCGGCGUGGUUGCAGUGCCGCAACGGCAUCGGAAGUGGCGGCUACCAUCUGGCAAGAGAAUCAGAUUGCGAGAAAGAGCGAGCGGGAACGGGAACGGGAUCGGGAUCGGGAUCGGGAUCGAGAUCGAGAUCAGCAGCAGAUUCGCGAGUGGCAGGUGGAACGGGAGCGAGAUCGGGAACAGCGGCGGCGGCGACAGGAACAGCGGCAACAACAGCGACAACAGCAACAACAGUUACAGGAGCGUUCGAGCGAAAACGAGAGCGAGAGCGAGAUCGAGAGCGAGAUCGAGAGCGAGAUCGAGAGCGAAGAAGAGAGCAGCAGCGGGAUUGUACGACACGAGGAGUCGGUGGUGCAGGUGGCGCGGCAGAAAGAAGAGGCGAAAGCGGUGGAUCAUCGGGUGCAGCAGCAGCGGCGGCGGCGGCGGCGGCGGCGGAGGCGGCGGUGGCACGAGAAUCCCGAGUGCGUGGAACGCGUGGUCACGCCAUUGUUAUUACCACUACUGUCAUUGCCGCGCGAGUUGGCGUCCGGUGUUUUCACCACCGUGCAAGUUAUCGUCGCGUUGGCGCGGUUCGAGUUGGCCGUUCGCUUCGCGGAUCACCGUCGAGAUCAUCGUCGAGAUCGCCGGGAUCGUCGAGAAGGAGGCCGCCUGCUCCAGGGGGACUUCUAAGGGCCCCGCCGCCCCGGGCCGCUCGGACAGCUGUCAUCCGGCUAUCGGCUCCGGGAUAUCUACGAGCGGGGCUGACAUCAUUUACGAGUCGUCUGAAAAAGAAGAUCGUCUCGAUCAUCCGCGGGGAGGAAAGCGACUCGUCGAACAACCUACUGUCCCUCUUUACGCGCAAAUUCGAUCCUCCGUGUAUCGGUUAUACGAUAGACACCGGCAACUUAGUUACGACGAAAGAUUCGCCUUGCUUCGAUCGGCAAUCACGGCCUGCUCUUCGAUUUGCUCUUCGAUUCCCCGAGACAGUCGGUGUUCGUUGCCGCUGCAACCGAGAAGAUCCGAGUCUCGACGAUUUACCGACGAGAAUCGCCGCGGCGACGCCAGCACGGAGGCCGUCGAUCGCGUCGUCGUCGACCCGCGGAGAAUCGAGGAACGAGAUAGCGCGAGUCGCCUCGGCGUUACCGACGACUCGUCGUCGUCCGUCCAGCGAACAACGAGCACAGAAGCGAGGAGGAGGAGGACGACGACAACGACGACGAGAAACGGCAGAAUCGAGCAGCAUACGCGGCGUGCUAACAAGAGCCCCGAUCUUUGGUGGCAGCGAUGCGGGGCCUUGUGCAGUCAGACGACGGGAACGUACGCGAUCGCAACAGGGAUCAUCAGCGAAACAAAUUCGAUAUCACGAUAUAUCGUCGGUGUCGAUAUCAUCGAAACGGAUAUCGUCGAGAACGGAAAGGCAACGUGGACAAACCGAAGGAUAUUGGACCGCGUCACGAGUCAGUGGCGUGGGCCGUCGACGGGGACGAUCGUCGUCGGGACGGACCGGGGACGUUAACAACGUUCCCGAGCUUGUGUCCAUGCG